AUGUCUUCUCUUUACGGCCUCCCGCUUCCGGUGUUAACCGACUCUUACAAGACCACUCACCCAUUUUUGUAUCCUGAGGCAAAAAAGGUUGAACUCAUGUCAAGAAUGGAUCGGUUUACCCACAAUCGUUUAUCAUUCUGCAGUGCGUUGCGUACGGAGAAUUCAGGUGUGGAUUUAAUGGGGACAAAGAAGACACGCGUCUCUUGUUUUAUGGGUUCCGAUACGUGUAGAAUUGAAAAUUAUGUGGCUAAAAAAUGGACCCUAGAGGAUGUCGAAUUGGCCGGAAAAUUCUUUGAAACUCACAAUGCCGGCUAUACCAAUUUUCCGUUUCCCAAGGAUCUAUUUCUCAAAUUUAUUGAAGAGAACGACGGUUACUUUCCAAUAAAAAUUGAGGCAUUACCAGAAGGAACUUCUUGUCAUGCGCACACCCCGGUUUAUCAGAUUACCGCCGAGGGCGAAUACGCGUUAUUGGUUACGUUUUUGGAAACUUUGAUAACCUCUGUCUGGUAUCCCUCCACAGUGGCAACACUUUCGCGUCGUGCACGUGACAUUAUCGAACAGGCCUAUAAGGAUACCGUAGAUGAGGAUGGCUAUUGGUCCCUGGAAUCUCGACUGCAUGACUUUGGAUUUCGAGGGUGUACUUGCCUCGAACAAUCCAUCAUUGGUGGUUCAGCGCAUUUAGUGAACUUCAUUGGAACUGAUACGAUGAGUGCCGGGUAUUAUGUUCAAUAUAAACUUAACAACGGAAAACCAAUAGCGUCUUCCAUACCUGCCACCGAACAUUCCGUGAUGACGGCUCACAAGACCGAGAGGGAUGCCAUUUUACAGAUGAUCAAUCGAUUCGGAAUCGGUGCAUUUGCAUGCGUGAUGGACUCCUUUGAUUAUGCCAACGCAUUGGAAAAUGUUCUACCAUCAAUUGCUUUCCAAAAGGUGGAUAAGGGAGGUUUCAUGGUUCUCAGGCCGGACAGUGGCGAUCAAGUAGAGGCUGUUUUGAUGGCUCUGAGAGCUUCAGAUAAGGUUUUUGGGAGUGAUGUGAAUAAGAAGGGUUAUAAGAUUAUUCGUGGGUGUGGUGUUAUUCAAGGCGACGGUGUAACCAUUCCGACUCUCAGAGCCAUAUUGGCAGCUGUCAAGGAGGCCGGUUAUUCAGCACAGAAUGUUGCAUUUGGCAUGGGUGGCGGAUUAUUGCAAAAAGUCAACCGUGAUACCAUGAGCUUUGCCACCAAACUCUGUCACAUAACUUACGCUGAUGGCGAGAAACGGGAUAUCAUGAAAAUCCCGACCACCGAUUCCGGAAAGAUAAGUUUGCCUGGAGAGUUCGUCGUUAAGAAAAAUGCAGAAGGGGUUCCGAUUGUGCAUCCUAAAGAAUGUUGCCCUGCGAACGAUCCUGAUAAUCUUUUGCGUGUGGUUUACGAUCACGGUAAAAUAUCUCAAUGGGAUGAUUUUGACACAAUUCGAAAGCGGGUUGCUAAAGAAUGGCCUGCUUUACCUAAAGUUUACAAUAAUAUCAGUCCAGAGCUUAAGGAAAAGGUUGACAGGGUCACUAAGGAGAUUAGGAGUUCACA